AUGGGCGAUAGCGCCUCGAGGAGCUUCCAGGCUUGCUGUGACCCCGAGGGGACCGCGAACAUCGUGAGGAAGAAGAAGGCGCAGCGAGCGUGCCUCAACAGGUACCAGGAGAUCCUGAACCAGCUGGAGCAGGCACUCCAGGGCUCAGACCGCGACUGGAUCCGAGACACCGUGCAGGACUUGAGCAAGUACGACCAGGAGGUGCAGGCGAAGGGCGAGGGGCAGUUCUGGCCAGAGCUGCAGGAGCACAAGGACUACCCCCCGAUCGACGAGCUCCGGAGUCGCCUGAUGGACCAGGCGCCGCCACGGCCGCUCCACAUGGACAUCACGGCCAGCAUCAGCGACGGCAGGAGCCUCUCCCAGUCCGAGUUGAUCCUGCGGAGCCUCUUCUCCACGCUGCAGGUGGGCAGCACGUGCCGCGCCGGGCGUGGGAUCACCGUCCAGGGCGCGUCCUUCAAGUCCGGCAGCGUGGAGAACCCACUGGUCGUGACGCUGAAGAACAGCCAGACGGAGACCGUCAUGUACGUCCGCAACAUCCCCAUCUCUGCGGUCCUGGAGCGAGGAGGCCUUCACGAUCACUGGGUUGCGGUCUACCCGCCCAGAGACCCACAGAACCUGCACUUCGACGCCGCGUCUCUGCCCAAGGAGGGCGUCCCCGCCGUGUGCAUCAGCGUUUCCAUCGUGGAGGACCUCUCCAGCACGGUGGUCAUGCCAAGCCCAGGCCGGGGCAGCCUGCCGUUCGACCCCGCCCCGCGCGGCAGCCUGCUUCUGCAGGAGGACCUCGCCAGGGCGCGGCACCGCGUCGAUGGGCUGGGCAGCGCGCCAGUGGCUGCGUCGGCCGCGAUGUCGAUGUCGACGGGUGACGCGUCGGCCGGGCCUGGCGGCGGCUUCCCCGGCGGUGGUUACUCCAGCUCCAGCUCGCGGGGGAACUCGCGUGGCAUGUCCGGCAGGCUGUCCAGGGCGGGCUUCCAGUCCGUGGGGGAGCUGAACGACCCCGUCCAGGAUGUUAACGCCAAGGCGCAGCAGAUCAAGGAGAAUCUCUCCAAGAUGAGGAGCGCCAGCUUGCAGGCCAAGGAGUCCUCCAGUCGCCUGAGCGAGCAGCGGCGGAUCGCCGAGAACCUGAAGCAGCAGCUGCACAGCCUCCAGCUGCAGGUCGCCGAGCUGCGCGCCGCGACGCAGAUGCUGCAGCGCAAUCGUGACGCGCUCCGCGCGGAGGAGGCGCAGCUGCUGGAGCAGGUGCAGGAGAAGGAUCGCGUCUUCCAGGAGCUGCGGCGCAGCCGGGACGAGAUGGACGCGGAGAUCGAGAGGGCGCUGGGCGAGGGGGAGAGGCAGAGGUGGUCCCUGGAGGCCUCCUCCAGAGACUUCAGCCAGCAGCGCCGAACGAUAGCGGAGGACAUCGACCGGUCCCAGGCCCAGGUCUCGGCCUUGAGGUCGUCCUUGCAGAGUCGCGAGGAGGCGGCCGCGCAGCUCGAGCGGCAGAUCCACCAGGAUGAGGAGGAGCUCGCAGCCGAGGAGGCGGCCGAGCGGGAGCGCAUGCGCAGCCUGCUCGACGAGACGCGCUCCAGCCUGGCCGCGGCCCGGUCUGACGCGGAGGAGCACAAGAGGCGCCUGCGGUCCGCUGGCGCGAGCCUCCAGGAGACGAGCAUGCGCAUAGACAGCGUGGAGGGCGAGGCCUCAACGCUGAGGGCCGCCGUCGAGGAGGAGGACGACGGGGGCGAGAUGGUGCGCGCCACUACCACGAUGGCGGCGGACCUGGACGGGAAGGUCAGGGCCCACAUCGAGAAGGUCAAGCGCCUGGAGGACGAGCUGGCCAGGAACCGUGCGCAGCUUGGUAGCAUGAACCAGAGCAUCACGGAGCUGCACUCCGAGGCCCACGACAUGCAGUUGGCGGCCAUCCGCUGCGAGGACCAGCGCACCGACCUCGAGCUGCAGGCGGAGGCCAGGCGGAGGAGCGCGGCCUGGGCGGAGGAGCAGAACGAGGGGCUCGAGGCCCAGCUCCAGGAGGCCGAGGCCGAGUUGGCGCGCUCCGAGGAGGAGCUGCGGUCGCUGGAGCAGGCGGAGGCGGAGGGCAGGGACGGGCACGCGCGGGCGGCGUCGGAGCUGCAGGCGAACCUGGGGCGGCUGCGCGAGGAGCACCGCCAGGCCCGCGCGGCGGCGGACGAGCUCCAGCGCGAGUGCGAGGCCCUGGAGGCCUGCGCGAGGGACAAGCGCUCCCGGGUGGACGAGCGCGACUCCGAGAUCGCCCAGGCGCAGGCGCGGGUGGAGGAGCUCACGAGGGAGCUCUCGGCUGCCGCAGCCGAGAUGGCCGCAGUGGACGAGCGGGCCAAGCCAUCUCGGCAGGAGCUCGCCAGGAGCCAGGCUCAGCUGGAGGCCGCCCGCAAGCGCACCAGGGAGCGACGGGAGGACCUCGCCGCGAUGCGGCAGGAGGCCGAGGGCAGCGCGGAGGAGUGCUCCACGAGGCUGGCCGAGCUGGACGAGACUCGCGCGAGCGCGCGGCAGGACCUGGCGAGCGUUGGCGAGGCCGGGCGGGCCUCUGAGCAUCGGCGGGCAGAGCUCCAGGGCUCUCUGGCGCAGAGCGAGGACGCCGUCGCCCGCAUCCAGCAGGACAUCUCGGCGCUGCAGGCCGCCAAGCAGGACGGCGAGGACCAGGUGCGCACGCUGGCGCAGCAGCGGGAGGCCGUCCACGCGGAGCUGCAGCGCGGCGCCGCGGAGCUGGCCGGGCUGGAGGAGGCGCGGAAGCAGCGGUCGACGGACUUGGAGAGCACCAAGCGCACCGCCGACGCGAAGCACCAGGAGGCGCUGGAGCUGGAGGCGCAGAGUAGGGCGGGCGUCGAGCAGAUGGAGGCCGCGGCCGCCGAGCUGUCUGCCGCCCACGCGGAGCGCCAGCGCCUGGUCGGCCGGCUGGGCCAGGAGCUGGAGGAGGUGCGCGGCGCGCUGGAGCAGGAGUCGCAACGGGCCGCCUCCGAGCACCACGAGCGCGCCGCCAUGGAGGCCGAGCUCGAGAGGCUCGCGUCCGAGCAGCUGAGCCUGACCGAGGCCGGGCAGGACACGCUGUCCCAGACGGAGCACGGGGUCCUCGAGGCGACGAGGAGGGCCCGCGAGGCCGGGAGGCGCAGGGACGAGGUGGCCCAGUGCCUGCAGGAGGCGCAGGGGCGCCGGGAGGCGCUGGGCUCCAGGGCGGCCCUGGCCCGCUCGGAGGCCGAGGGCGAGGCCCGGCGGGCGGGCGAGGCCGAGGCGGAGCUGGAGGCGCGGCGGCGCGCUCUGGAGGCGCUGCGGCGCGAGCUGGAGCUGGCGGGCGAGGAGGCCGCGGCGCUGGAGGCGCGCCACGCGGACGGCGAGGAAGAGCUCGCCGGCUCGCGCGCGCAGGUGCAGGCGGUGGAGCACGCGCACUCGGAGCUGGAGGAACUGCAGCGCCGCCACGCCGCGCUGGUGGCCGAGGAGCGUGCGGAGGAGGAGGCGCAGGCCGAGGCGCUGGCGGAGCGCGAGAGGCGGGCGGCGGCCUCGCGCGAGGAGCUGGAGCGCACGCGGCAGGGCCUCCUGCGGCAGAAGGAGGGGGACAUCGGCAGGCAGGCUAUGCAGAUCGGGAAGCUCGAGGAGGAGCGGCGCAGCCUGCUGGCCCAGGCCCAGCGCUCGGAGGAGGAGAGGCAGGAGCUCGAGAGGGGGCUCCGCGCCCGCACGGAGGCCCGCCAGGACGUCCUCGCCGACACGCGGCGGAAGGCGACGCACUGCGACGAGCUCGAGUCCACGGUGAGCGACAUCAAGGCUGCCUCAGCGCAGCUGAAGGAGACGGAGGCGAAGAUGGAGCAGAGGCUGAAGCACCUGCGCGAGCGCGAGGAACUCCUGCGUCAGGAGUCGCAGGAGCGCGAGGGGCGAGUGCGGGAAGUCCAGCUGGAGAUGGAGGAGUCGGACCGCCAGGCCGCCGCUCAGGUGGCGGAGCAUCGGGAGCAGAUGAAGCAGCACAUCCAGUCCAAGGCGAGUCACGAGAGGGAGGUCGAGGAGCUGAAGCGCAGGCUGGCGGACGCCACCGACGGGGUUGCGGCGCUCGUGCGCGACAGCGGCCUCGCCGACGGAAGGGCCGAUGAGCUGGAGGGCUUGCUCGGCAGGGCGCGGACGGAGCUCCAGGAGGCGCUGGCCGAGCGCGACGCGAAGCGGCGGGCGGUGCAGGCGCAGGCGGCGAAGAUGGCCGCGCGCUCCGGCGCGCACGGCCCAGGCGACGUCAGCCUCGAGGUUGGCAGGGCGGCGUCCGCGGUGCGCGACCUGGAGGAGCGCCUGCAGGCCCUCAGCAGCCGCCUGGUGGGUGCCCAGGAGGAGGUGCGGCAGGGGCACGCCAGAGAGGAGGAGCUGAGGGUGGACUACCAGAACGCCAAAGAGGCCCUGAAGUGUGCGGAGGACAAGAUGUCGUAUCAGAUGGAGCACGACAGGAUCCAGCGCGACACCAUUCAGAGCAUGCUGGAGCAGAAGGCGAAGUCUGACCAGGAGAUUGAGGUGUUUGUGAUGGGAAUCCACGAUGCGGAGCAGCGCAACGCGGAGCUUCAGCAGGCCAACGCAGCGCUGCAGAGGCAGGUGGAGGAGCUGUACAAGGGCUCCCUGCAGGACUGGGCUGAGCAGGUGACCCAGGAACUGGGCACGUCUCCGGAGGCGAUCCGCGUCAGGGACGAGAUCGAGGCCUGGAAAGAGCGCGCGGAGCAGCUCCGGAAGGACAGGGCGGCCGAGCUGGGCAGGCUUCACAGGGAGCACGAGGAGGCUGUGCGGCGGCUGCGCGAGCGAGUUGCCGUGGCCCAGGCCGAGCUGGACAGCGCCGAUCGAGCGGCCCAGAGGCGUGAGGCCGCGCUGGCCAAGCGACGAGAGCACGGCGAGGCAGUCAUGGCUCCAGGAGGCGUGCCUGGCCUUACGGUGCCGCAGCGUUUGCUGCCCCGCGGCCACCAGAGAAGAAAGGCCCUCCUGAUCGGCAUCAACUACCCACAGUCUCACGCUCCGCUCAAGGGCUGCGUCAACGACGUGUGGCACCUUCACUGCCUGCUGCGGUACACGCUGCAGUACAGCGAAGAUCAGAUGCGGAUGCUAGUGGACACGGACGCGAACGCUGCUUCGAGACCCGAAAAGGCGCCCACCAAAGCGAAUAUCCUCGAGGGCAUUCAGUGGCUCACGGUCGGUGCGCAGCCGGGGGACAAUUUGCUGCUCGUCUUUUGCGGCUACAGCACGCAGCAUCCGACGAUCCCGGGCUCGGACUUGUGCGAGGGUUACCUCGUGCCCGCGGACUUCGCGGCGGACCUGCCAUCUGGCUUCCUCAGUUCAAACAGCGCCGCGCCCUCCAGAAGUACUAUGACACAGGACCUGAACCUCGCGUUGCCCGUUCUCGAGCGGAGCUUCGUGCCCUCCUCCACGGGCGGCCUGACGCCGAGAGAUGCUGGCGCUGGCUACCGGCUCGUGUCGCUCCUCGAGCUCAACGCGUUCAUCUGCAGGUUGCCCAAAAUAUGUCGCAUGUCGGUGGUGCUGGACUGUUGCUACGGGGGCGUGCCCAAUGUCAACCCCGUUAGCGGGCUGCAGCCCAGAUUUCCCAGGGUGUCUCGAGGCAGAGUGGACCAUGUCAAGCUUCGGGACUUCAUCAGCAGACCUCGAUUCCUGGAGCUGCCCUUCGUGCAUGCGCAGCACACGCCGGGGCACCUGCUGAACGCACCUCCGCAGUACCCAGCGUGUUGGGUCCACGUAUUCGCAGGCUGCGAGCUGAGCCAGUGGUGCGCAGAGUUCCCCAUCGAAGGCACCGUGCAAGGUGCGUUCAGCUGGGCCUUCAUGAAGGCGCUGGCGCAGGGCCACUUCCAUUGUGGCCUAUACCAGUUCCAGCAGAUGCUGGCCCAGACGCUGGCCAGCCUGAAGUCUCACUUCUCAGGGAUCGACAUGACACCAGUGCUGCAGCUCUCAGCCGCCGCCAGCAUGCAGGACGUCGUGCUCUGGACGUGAGUCGGCCGAAGGCCCCACGCAUGUAGCGCGUCAUGAAACAGAAGCUGUUUCACUUUAGCUAGCACGUGAGCUCGACGCAAGAGGCUGUCUCGGGGACUUGGCCGUCUGGGGCACUGCCACUCAAUCCCCUGUCGCCUCAGAGCAGUACCUCUCCUGCUUUUCCUCCUCUUCUUCCUCC